UGCACCCCAUCCCUCCCGCGCCCGCCUGCCUCGGGGAAGCGAGCCGCGGCGCCGGCGGGCGGCCGCCGCGUCUGACAGACCCACUGGCCGAGGCUCUGCGCCCGUCGGCAGCACGCGGCCGGCAUGGCGGCGCGGAGGAGCCCUCAGCAGGAGCAGGAGCGGGAGCGGUCUCGCGUCCCCGCCGCAGGAAAUGACCAAGUUCACUCCUGGACACUAGUCACCAGCCAAGCCUUAGAUGCUGCGUGGAGGGUAGCAAAGGGCUCCGUGACACUGGCCGUCUCCCUGCUGGCGGCUGCCCUCUGCUACUUCAGAAGGCUGCAUUUAUAUUUAGGGCGCCGGCUGAAAUGGUGGAUUGGAUAUCUGCAGAGAAAAUUCAAAAGGAACCUCAGCGUGGAGGCGGAAGUUGAUUUACUCAGUUAUUGUGCAAGAGAAUGGAAAGGAGAGACGCCCCGUGCCAGGCUGAUGAGGAAGGCGUAUGAGGAGCUGUUCUGGCGGCGGCGGAUUAAAUGUGUUCGCCAAGUCAGAAGAGACAACUACGAUGCGCUAAGGUCGGUGUUAUUUCAGAUCUUCAGCCAGGGCCUCUCUUUUCCAUCCUGGAUGAAAGAAAAGGACAUUGUGAAGCUUCCUGAAAAACUGCUCUUUUCACAAGGUUGUAAUUGGAUCCAGCAAUACAGUUUUGGUCCUGAGAAGUAUACAGGUUCAAAUGUGUUUGGAAAAUUACGCAAAUGUGUGGAAUUACUGAAAACACAGUGGACUGAAUUCAGUGGGAUUAAGGAUUAUCACAAGAGAGGGAGUAUGUGCAACAGCCUUUUCUCUGAUGCUCUACUGGAAUAUAAACUGUACGAAGCUCUGAAGUUCAUCAUGCUCUACCAAGUCACUGAGGUCUAUGAACAAAUGAAGACUAAGAAGGCCAUUCCCAGUCCUUUCCGGCUCCUGUUCACCAGGGAGACCUCCUCCGAUCCUUUGAGCUUCAUGAUGAAUCACCUGAAUUCUGUAGGCGACACGUGUGGACUUGAGCAGAUUGAUAUGUUUAUACUUGGAUACUCCCUUGAAGUGAAGAUAAAAGUGUUCAGACUGUUCAAGUUUAACUCCCGAGACUUUGAAGUCUGCUACCCAGAGGAGUCGCUCAGGGAGUGGCCGGAGAUCUCCCUGCUGACCGAGAAUGACCGCCACUACCACAUUCCUGUCUUUUAAGUCCGGCUGGACCAGGCACCAGCUCUCGCCAGUGACAGUGCUCACACGAGAUGUUUCUCAAAGACCAGAGCUAGUGCUGCUGCCACUGAAGGAAUGGGGAGCUUCCUCUCUGGGAUUACAGGUACACUGGAUGCAAACUCAAGUGCCUUCCCUUUGUCUUCCGCGAUUUCCUCUAGAGCAGCUGCACUAAUGUAUUUGUGGGUUGCUGGUUUGACCUUGUUCCUAAGGGCUCUGGUCAUUUCACACGCAGCAGGCCUUUAAGAGCACAAGAAUGUUUAUUUUGAACAACAGGAAAAAAAGCGGGAAGAAAACAAGUAGGGGAAAAGGACUAAAGGGAAAGAAAGAAUUUGUCUAUAACCUUGCUGUUCUUAAGAAUCUUGUCUUUGGCUGAUUUUGGGAUCUGCAAAAACAUGCCCUUAUUUUAUAAAGCAUUACCUUCCCAGGAGUCUCUAUGGUAUUUCGACUUUCCAGGAUCGUUUGAUUAACUUUAAAAUUGUGUGUAUGUGUAUGUGUGUGUGGUGUUUACAGUCACACACAUACAGGUAUAGUUUUAGAUAUACAUAUAAACACAUACACACAUAGCCACUACUUUGUGAGGUUGUACAGUUUGUUUUAUAUCUCUUUAUGUUUUUUGCUCUGGCCUGUUUAAUAUUGCUUCUGACCAGUUUAAUAGGUUUUAUAUAAAUUAAAGAUACAUUCUGUAGAUUGAGUCAAUUAAAUGACAAUUACUGAACUGUCACAAAACUGUUAAACUGGCGUAUUUAAUGUGUAUUUACAUGUGUAUUUAACGUGUGGUAAGUAGCCUCACACUCCCCACCCCACCCCCGCCAGGUGUCUGCAUCCUAACCCCCAGACCUGUGAAUACCGUUGGGUUCAACAGCAAAGGAGAGUAGGGUUGCAGGUGGAAUUAAGGUACUAAUCCAUUGACCUUGAACUAGGGAGAGUAGUCUGUGUGCUCCAGGUGGGCCCAAUGUAAUCACAGGGGUCCUUAAAGGUAGAGAGGCACUUGGGAGAGUGUCAGUCGGAGGGAAAUGUGAGGUGGGGAAGAGCUGUCAGGCGCAGCAGCACUGGCUCUGUGACUGGCACCAGGCACAGGAAGGACGUUACUGCGGUUACAGGAAGCAGCCACGCGCCGGAGAGUGGGGGCGGCCCCCGGAAGCUGGAGAAGGCCGGGGAGUGGACCCUCCCCUAGAGCCUGCAGAAGGGAACGCGGCCUUGACAGCACUUUGAUCUCAGCCCUGUGGAACCCGUGUCGGACCUCUAACCUGCAGGACUGUAGGAUCGCACACGUGUGGCGUUUAGGUCGCUAAGUCUGUGGUAAUGUGUUCCAACAACAAUAGACAACUAAUGUCCUCAGGCUGACUACCUUUUGGUCGUCUUUAUUUUGGACAUACUUCCCUAGUUUACUUUGGUAAUCUUUAUUUUGGAGGUACUUUGCUAGUUUGUUUCAAAUUUCAAUAAACACAAAAUAACUUUAAAAAUCUUGGCUAAUGACAUACUACUUCAAAGUUACGAGCCCCUUCUAAGGAUGACAGCGUGUUUGAUGCUAAUGUUCUCUCACGUUUCUGUAUUUUUACUAUAAAUAAAAAGAGGUCUGUUCAA